CAUUCUAUGUCAACAAGCAAGCACGCACGUUUCAUCUCUCAUCAACAAAACAAACCGGGAUCUGAAACAAAUUUCUGGAGAAACAAAUAUUUUAAGGAAUCAUAGGCAGUUAUCGUGGUAUGGCAAAUGCCAGUCUACCGUCAGUCAUCAUAACAGUUCGUUUGAUUCGUUCCUUUGAACAUCGCAACAUCAAACCGGUAAUUUUUAAAGAUGUUGACCUCAAUAUAUCUGUUAAAGAAUUCAUUGAUUUUGUGAAAGUUGAGAUUAAAACCCGUCCUGGUUUACUUCCACCAUUUCGCAACUACGGCUAUGAUGCUAUGAAGAUACAGCAUAUGGCACAUGGUUCUAAGACGAGCGAUCCAACCAUAAACACAGAAGAUGAUGAUAAAUUGAUGAUGAAGGAUGACAAUACUCUACAGGAAUGUGGAAUAGAACAUGAAACUGAAAUCUCUUUUUUCAAGUUGGAGGAUUACAGAAAGUAUCAGAGCAACCCUGUAUGCAAGUGGUAACGGCAGUCUAUCAACUUGUUGCUGAAUCCAGUCAACUGUGGUUUACCAACCUCGUGCAGCAUCCGGUGACUGUGUACCACCAAUUGUUCUGUAACAUCUAACCAGUGUGGUCUACCAUCCAAUGGGUUCUACAGAAUUCUUUGUAGCAACCAGCCAGCCAUUGAGGACUUCCAACUUCCUUGGUGCAGCUAACCAGUAACUGGAGUGUGCCAAACAUCUUGUUGCAUGCAGCGUCUAACAGUAGAGGUGUAUCAACAUGCUUUUUGC